ACUUACUUUAUCAAAUCCAUUCGGUAAUUUCCAAAAAGAUUGAUAGCAAAGAUCCACUAAAUAGUACAAUACCGCUGCUAACAUGUCUUCCAUGAGGAGGAACCACUGUGGUGUGGCUACAAGCUUGUCGCUGUUGUCUGUGUUUUCGGUGUUACUGCAGGUGGCAGUCUCCUUUAGUUUUCUUCCGUCGCCACCAAUCUCCACAAGAUCUACCGUUGGAUUGUGGGCACGUCGAUCAUCCCCCAACUAUCCACAAAACAGCAACAACAGCAAUAAACGAUCCCAACCAAGACGAGGACGAAACCAACCACCAAGAUGGAAUGACAAUUACGAUCAAGAGGACGACAAGGAAGAUUACAAUGAUAAUUUUGUGCAACAAGAAUUUGAAGACUACGAUGAUUUCGAUUUUGACAUGGACGACGACAGUAAUGAGCUCCCCCGAUUUGACAUUGACUCGGCUACUGAUGAUAACGACAAUACUAAUAAUGAGCAGGCAGGAGCUCAUUUCUAUAGUCGCAAGGACAUCAAGGAUACUUCGUUUCUUUUGGAUCCAGAGAAUUCCCAAGCGGUCUUUUUCAAUCUCUGCCAUGGUGCUAGCAUCACACGGCCUUCCAAGAUACAAUCCGUGGCAUGGCCUACCGUACUCAAGGGAAAGCAUACCAUUAUUGCAGAUCAAACUGGAUCCGGCAAAACACUCGCCUAUCUGAUUCCCCUGUUGCAACGAGCUCUCACAACUCUUAAACCAUCGGAUCAAAAAACUCCCAAUGGAGCACCAAGGAUCUUGGUACUCGCCCCGACGGCCGAAUUGGCCGAUCAAGUCCGGGCCGUUUGUGAUUUGCUUUCGAGUACAAUUCCAUUUUCCACCAUGGUCGUUACCGCCACGGGCAAAUAUUCCACGUCGAUUCGUGAUCAAAUUCGAAUGCUGGCACGACAACCCGUCGAUGUCCUUAUAUCCACGCCGGGACGAUUGUCCACCAUUGUGCGCACACGAAAUUCCGGAUUGGAUCUCUCCAGUCGAUUGCAAGCGGUCGUUUUGGAUGAAGUGGAUAUUCUCAUGGCCAGUACUACUAGUACUGACACGACUACUAUGGAUACUGACGAUCAACAACAACAACAACAAGACAGUCGUACAUUUGGACCUCAAUUGCGGACCAUUGGACAAGCGGUCAAUGUCGAGAAAACACAAUUCGUAUUUGUCACGGCCACGUUGCCCGACAGUAUCGUGAAAACUGUCACGUCCGAAUUCCCACAGGUCGUUCAAGUACGAGGACCGGGAUUGCACCGUGUGGCACCCAGUCUGACGGAACGAUUGAUUGACGUGUCCGUGCCACCCGCGUCCAGUAACGCCGACAAGUUGGGAUUGCAAGUCAAGGCACAACAACUAUUGCUGACGCUCCGCAUGACACGCUGCAAACGCACUCUUAUUUUCUGCAAUACGGUACAAUCCUGUCGUGCCGUCGAAAAUGUAUUGAAACGAAGCGAUCGCAAACGACAAAAAUACGACGUACGAGCUUAUCACAAUGCCAUGACACCGGAAGCACGCAAUCGAAAUCUCGAAAUAUUUUCCAAUGCGCAACAACAGCGACACAAUAAUAACAACAAGCAAGACUUUGAUUCCAUUUUGGUCUGUACCGAUCGAGCUGGACGCGGAGUCGAUUUUGGAGCCGCUCCCGUCGAUCACGUCGUUUUGUUUGAUUUCCCACGGGAUCCCGCAGAAUAUGUGCGACGAGUGGGACGAACUGCCCGAGCGGGAAGAGAGGGGACAUGUACAGUUCUGGCGUAUGGAUGGCAAUUGCCCAUUGCCCGAUCCGUCAUGGGCAAAAACACACUGGCACAACAUGUAUCCGGCCUGGAUAAUGAUGAUGAUGACAAUGCAGCGGUCGAAUUCCGUGGAGGAGUCCAAGGAAGACGGCAGCAUAAAAAGAAGAAACAACAACAACGAGGCAGCAAGAGCAAGAAUUCACGAGAUGCGGUCGUCAAGAGCAACAUUGAAGGCGGGAGACUGUGGAAAGGAUAAAGAUAUUAAAACUAACAUGACAACUUACGCGCAACGAUCAAAUAAAUGUCACGGACAGCAAAAGUGCAUCGCUUCGGAGGUGGACGGCAAGAGAGUCUGCUGGCUUGUGCUCCGACGUGAAGGUUCGGGUGACAAUUCGAAGAUACGUCGACUUCUGCUAGCCUUUCCACUGAACUACGCUGUACCUACUGGACACUGCCUGGACGUUUUUCAAAUCAAUCCAGGACAUGGGCCCUGCUGUAUGUACGGCAGCUGGCUGAAUCGCAUCGCCUCUGAACUACUAUGCCACCAAAAGAGUCGCCCUACUCCACAGCAUACAAAGUGGUACCGUAAUUUGCACAAAUAGCUGUCAUUGGCCUUUUCAAAAAAUCCGCAACCCCAUCAUCGCGCCCGCUUGAUUUUCGGGCUUUUGUGAGAAUCAGAGAUUGAAUCAUCGACGGAGAUCACAAUUAUUAUUUGUCCUCCAUACACGUGUACUUUCACUGCAGUUUAGUUUCUGUUGACAGACUUGGUAGAAUCACUUCACCAUGGCGUCGACAAGGCCUGCAUGGAAACGCCGCCGUACCUCUUGUGGAGAGUACCAGAAUCACCAGCCAGCCGUGGUUGGGUCCUCGCACAUGGUUGUCCAGCCUGCUGAGGAACCAAGAGAAUCUUUGGUGGCACCAAAGCUUGAAGGGAUUCCUCAUUUGCUCUUUGUGGAACUCCAGAAGAAUAAACCAGAAUACGUGGUUGCAGCUUUGAAUCAAAUCCAUGAUCUGUUCCUUCCAAAAGACAAGAAAGAUAAGAACGACCCAGCCUUCAAGAAUCGGGUGAAAACCCAGCACCUUGGUCCCAUCAGUGUUGUGGUUGUCAACAUGCGCAAAUGGGCCCCAAACCAUUAUAUCCAGCUCUGGUCAUGCAGAGUUCUUUCUGUGCUAAUGUUCUGUUCUAAGAAUUCCUGCAUUGCAGAGUCAGCCAUGGUGGAAUCUGGAGGUGUUGAAGCUGUUCUCAAUGCCAUGAAGUGCUUCCCCCGUUUUGGAAGUCUAAUCAUGUUUGCCUGUUGUGCCCUCAGGAGCACUUUUAUGCCAUUGGUCACACGACCCACAGUUGUAAAAGACUGUGCACUCCGAUUUGUGGAAGAACUUGACGGAACAUCUCUCAUGCUUCAGACUAUGAAAGAGUUUCCGGAAGACACAUGCAUUCUUGAUAACUGUUGUUGUUUAUUCUCCAAUCUGGCUACUUGCUUCAAAGAGCAUCAUGGGAUGUUCAUUGAUGCUGGAGUUGUGGAAGCUGUAGCUUCAGUCCAAAAGAAGUAUUCCCAAGAUAAAAAGCUGCAGGUAUCUACCAAAUAUUUCAUGGCAACCAUGUUCUCUCUUGAGUCCUUGACUCUGUUAAUUGAAUCUUCUGUGCCUUCUCUUUGCUGGAGUAUGCAAUUAGCUAUGUCUAUAUUACAGCUGUUUGAUGCUUUGGUUGGAAGACUUGUCAGUAACCUUUAAAAUAGAACUUUAUAGCAUCGAGUCUGAACAAAUGGGCCAUCUUCCACAGCUACAGAAAACUUGGAAUAGGCAACAUCACUUCCAGCUCCAAAAGAUUCCGGUGCGUGCGGUUUGGUUGAACCAUCUUGGAGAAAUCCAGAUUUACAAAAGUCAGAUAGAGUUGUUUGUUGGUGUAGGGAUUAUCUACCUGAAAGCCAGAGAGUUGGCAGACUUUCAAUCUGGUGACCAAGCAUCAGGCAUUCGAGCAUGCCCUACGGUACUCCUAUUUUUGAUUCAACGUCCUCCAAAACUAUUUGGUGUAUGCCCCCAGCGUGGAUCUCCUCCUGGAAGAAGCCAAGUAUACCCUCAAACACACCGUAGAAUAAGACUAUCCUAUAAAGUUCUAUUAAUGCUACUGACAAGCCUGACAUCCAAAGCGCC